CUGUAUCUCACUCCUCUCACAAAGCCCUUUGUAUAACCCCCCAGCCCACACAGGUGUAGACAACCAGGAGCGCCCAAGACGCGGGGCAGGAGGAAUCCCGGGGCCUGUAGCAAAGAAUCGAUCCACCUGUCCACAUCGAGAUCUCGGAUCGCGGGGAGAGAAGGCAGGUGGUCGUGAGCCGAGCUCAGCCGGGCGGCCAUGGCGUUCAGGGCGUGCCUCCCGUCCCACAGGGCCUCGCCGUCGCCUUCCGUACCACAGAGGAGGGCCAACAAUGGGCCGCCGCCGGUGGUCGCCAUGGCUUCCACCAUCAACGAGGUGAAAACUGCCAAAAAGCCAUAUGCUCCUCCACGUGAGGUGCAGCUCCAAAUCAUGCAUUCACUACCUGCCCAAAAGCAGGAGAUUUUUGAUUCACUUCAAUCUUGGGCCAGGGACAACCUAUUGAACCUUCUUAAGCCAGUCGAGAAAUCGUGGCAGCCACAGGAUUUCCUACCAGACCCUUCUUCUGAGGGAUUUUAUGAUGAAGUAAAAGAACUGAGGGAGCGGGCAAAGGAAAUCCCUGAUGAUUACUUUGUUUGCCUAGUUGGUGACAUGGUUACCGAGGAAGCCCUUCCUACCUAUCAAACAAUGCUCAACACCCUUGAUGGUGUCCGGGAUGAAACUGGUGCAAGUCCAACCGCCUGGGCUGUAUGGACAAGAGCAUGGACUGCUGAAGAAAACAGGCAUGGCGAUCUUCUGAACAAGUAUAUGUACCUUUCAGGACGGGUUGACAUGAGACAGAUUGAGAAGACUAUACAAUAUCUUAUUGGUUCUGGAAUGGAUCCAGGAACUGAAAACAAUCCCUACAUGGGUUUCCUUUACACAUCAUUCCAAGAGAGAGCAACAUUCAUAUCUCAUGGCAACACGGCAAGGCAUGCCAAGCAGUUUGGCGACCUUAAACUCGCCCAGAUAUGUGGUACAAUAGCAGCUGAUGAAAAGCGCCAUGAGACGGCUUACACCAAGAUAGUGGAGAAACUCUUUGAGAUUGAUCCUGACUACACUGUGCUUGCGUUUGCCGACAUGAUGAGGAAGAAGAUCUCGAUGCCUGCUCACCUGAUGUACGAUGGCGAGGACGACAACCUUUUUGAGCACUUCAGUUCGGUGGCACAGCGGCUGGGCGUGUACACUGCGAAAGACUACGCCGACAUCCUUGAGUUUUUGGUGCAGAGGUGGAAAGUUGCAGAUCUCACUGGGCUAUCUGGUGAAGGGAGACAUGCCCAGGACUAUGUCUGCACCUUGGCAACAAGAUUCAGGCGGCUGGACGAAAGAGCACAAGCUAGGGCAAAACAGGGGCCUGCGAUUUCUUUCAGCUGGGUUUAUGACCGGAAAGUGCAGCUCUAGUCAAGAUAAAGAAACUUGGAAGUUAAUGAGUCCUAUAAAGUUUCGGGUUUUCUAUAAGAAAUCAAUGUAGGUCUUGUAGCUGGGUAGAAAUGUUCUAUGUGCUGUCCUGUAUGUUGGAUGACAGUGGUGUGUCCGAAGAAAACUGCUGUGAGGUGCUGCCGUGGUGGCCGUAAUAGCCAUCAAGUGCUCUCGUUGCAAUCUUUUGUUGUAUUGAGAUAUUUAUGUAAGCGUCUAGGUUUUAUAGCGCUUGUAUAAGUUUCAAAGUAAUAAAUGGAUAUCUGUAUACAGACAGCCUUGAACUGGUGCAUCUAAAAAAUCUAGGCUAAGUUUUGUGCUUGCA